AUGGAUCUUCAACCCAAAUCAAGUUCCACAAGCAAAAAUAUACAGCUCGAUAAGAUACAAAUUUUGAAUUUAUUUAAAAUUUUUGACAAUUUACCUUUUGAGCCAAAGAGUGAGAAUGAGACAUGGUAUAUUAUCAACAAAGAAUUCAUAGACAAUCUACGAAACUAUGAAACGGGUAAAACGAACAGCUACAACAACAUUAUAAAAAAUAAAAUAUUUGUAGAGGAUUGUGAUAAUAACAAUGUUACUACUAGGACGAGGAUAGUAAAAGAAUAUGAAAAUAGCAAUGGAAUAGGUUUUCUGUUAUACCCAGAGAGGGCAAUGCAGAUUUUAGAAAAACAUUUUGAGUUUGAUUUUAAAAUACCGAGAGCAGUAUAUCCUUGUAAGACUUCAAGGAACGAUAAAGUAAUUUAUAAAGUGGAUAUACAGCCGUUAAAAAUAAUUGUAUAUUCUAAGGAUCCGAAUGAAUAUUCAAAUCCGUCCAAAAUGAAAAUUGUUCUUUUGCGGAGUGACACUAUAGAAAUGGUCAUUAAGGAGAUAAUCAGCAAUUUUGACAAGUCGAGUUUCAAGAAAAACUUAUUUUAUGCAGACAAUUAUGAUAGCAAAAGAGAGAAGAGCUGGGAUUGCUUGUAUCUGCAUGAUAGUACAGAGUUUCCUUUACAUAAGAAGGUAUGUGAAUACAAUAUUGAUGAGACAAGUUGUUUGUUAAUAACUCAUGAAAGGCCAGAUAUUAAAUGUUUAAUGUACCAAAAUGAAACCAACUACAUGAGAAGAGACAUAGAAGGUAGCAGGAGAAAAGGAAAUGAAGAUAUACAAAAUUAUAGUGGCAAUGUUGGCAGUAUUGGAAGCGGUAUGAAUAAUGCGAGUAUAAGUUAUAUUUUUGAGCAUGGGGGGGACAGGGGUCUAAUUAACUUAGGAAAUACAUGUUUUUUAAAUUCAUCCCUACAAUGUUUGGCAAAAAUUUUAAAAUUUUCAAAUUAUUUUUUAAGUGGUAAAUUCUGGGAUCAUAUAAAUUAUUCCAAUCCAGUAGGUCAACAUGGACGAUUAGCAAAGGCAUACUAUGAAACGUUACAUGAAUUGUGGAAAAUAAAUAAGAGAGAUGAACCUUACGCACCUAAGGCAUUAAAACAAGCUAUAAGUGAGAAAAGAGAUGAGUUUUAUGGUUAUCAACAACAUGAUUCUCAAGAAUUAUUAGCAUUUCUUUUAGAUGGAUUACAUGAGGAUUUAAAUUUGAUUCGAAAAAAACCAUACUAUGAAGAGAAAUUACAAGGAGGAGUAGAUAAAUUAGAUGUUGAUGUUGCUGAAGCAUCUUGGAAUAGACAUAAAGAAAUUAAUAAUUCUAUUAUUGUAGAUUUGUUUCAAGGUCAAUAUAGAUCAAGAUUACAAUGUCCAAAAUGUAAAAAAGUGAGUAUAACUUUUGAUCCAUUUAUGUAUUUAUCCAUUCCUUUACCUCCAAAAAAAAAUCAUCGAAUUUGGUUUCAUGUUAUAUUAAAUAGGGAUUUCCCAAUUGCUAUGAGAUUUUCUUGCUCCUUUAAUGGAUCACAAGAAGUCUUAAAAUUAAAAAUCUUUUUUUUAAAUAUUAUUAAAAAUUUAAAAAAUAAAAGAAAAAAUAUCUUACUACAUAGUAAGUGCAUAAUAAAGAACAAUAGGUACCCCCACGAAGGAAACAAUGCAUUUAAUUUUCACGCCAAAUUGCUGGACGAUAAAAAUGAAUUUUACGAUGAUGUCGACGAGGGCGAUGAGCAGGAUGACGACGAGGCGAACGACAAUGACGAUGACCAAGGUGGUGGGAAUAGCAGCAGCUGCGCGGACGCUAUAAAAAACAAAUCCAAGACAACAAACAACUUAAGGGAACAAGAUAUAAACAGUAUUUAUGAGAGCAUAUGUGCCAUGUGUAACAUAAACACAAUUGAGGAAUUAGAGAUUAACAACCUGUGCUUCCUUUAUACAAAAUUUAAAAAUUUAGCGUGUAAUAAUUUUUUUCAAGUAUUAAACAAUAGCGAUUUUGUAGCAGAACCGCAUACAAGAAAUGGAAAGGGAAUUAGUCAUAUUUUUGUAUUUAUUCUUCCAAAAUUCUGUACACAUUUAAUAGAUAAAAAUAUGGAAUUAAAGGGAGAUGAGCACUUAGAAGUACUUACAAACUCAACAGUCACAACUAAUAAUACAAGUCUGAAGGAUGAAGAAAUGAAUGCAAAAAACGAAAAUAACAAUGAAACGAAAAAAACAGUCAAAAGUAAGCAGUGCACUAAUAAGAUAAUUAAGAAGAGAAAGGGGCUGUUACCUUCAUCCAAUCAAAUGAGGAAAGGGGAAAAAAUAUAUCAAGAGGAGGAUGUAGAAGAAGGUUAUGAAGACACAGGGGAAUCAAAUGAAAUGAACAACAACAUAAAUGAAGUAACUGCAACUACCUUCUUAAGUGAUUCCAAUGGAUUAAAUAAAAAUAAUACCACUACUACCACCACUACUACUGCUACUACAACUACUUCGACCACUAUUACUAAUAGUAAUAAUAAUAAUGUAAUAGCUACGUCUGAACACAUUUCGUACGAUGAACUGCUAAAGGAUAAGAUCUUUUUCAAUCAAGAUUUCAACAAUCUUCAUGAUAAAUAUUUUUCCGUCUUAAUCGUUCCUCUUAACAAAGAUGAGCAGUUGCUAUACAAGAUGAAAAAUAAUGAUCUUCCCCUUCUCUUUAAUGUACCUUUUAAUUUUACUCUGGCCGACUUAUAUGCUAAGGUAAAGUAUGCAUACACAAAGAGCACAACAAAAACAGCCGCAAUGGCAGAGGCCACUGCAGCUGCAACCACAGCAGUGGCAGUAACAGGAAGUGCUGAUAGGAUACUAAAAAAUGUAGAUGGCAAAUUUCAGUACAGUAAUAAUAAGCUGUAUUAUAAGAGUAAACACACACAGAAUAGUGAUAGAGAAAGCACUAAGAAAGAUAGUGUUAGUACUGAUGGAGGAAAUUGCAUAGGUAAUGGUUUAAACCCAAUUAAUGAAGAGAAUCACUCAGAGACAAAGAAUAAUUUAAAUAAUAGAUAUGAUGAUGGCUUUUUAGAUAAACUUACUUUGUAUAUUCCAUCUUAUAAUUUAAAAGAGGAAUGGACACCUAAGGAUAAUCUAGGUUUAGAAUUAAAAAAAGACGGAACAUAUUUAUCUGAUUAUAUAAAAAACUCAGAUGAAAAAAGACUUAUAAUUAUACAUCUAAAUAGUAAUGGAAUAGAUGAUGAGUUGUCAUUAGACAUAAAAACAUUAACAUUUGUUGAUUUAGAAGAAAGAUAUGGUAUAGAUACUUGCCUAAAGCUUUUUUCAGAAGAAGAACAUUUAGAUGAAAAUAAUACUUGGUAUUGUGGUAAUUGUAAAUUACAUGUACAGGCAUAUAAAAAAUUAGAUUUAUUUCGUAUGCCUAUUAUAUUAAUAUUACAUUUAAAAAGAUUUAAUAAUACAAAUAGAUGGUUAAGAACAAAAGUUGAUUCUUAUGUUUAUUAUCCACAUAAGGAAAAUGAAUUUUUAAAUAUGGCACCAUACAUUUUAGAAGAUGGUUUAAAACAUAUGAAAAAAUUAGAUUCGCAAUAUUCCCCAUUAUAUGAACUCAUAGGUGUUAAUUGUCAUACGGGGGGAUUAUGUGGAGGCCAUUAUUUUGCUUAUGUAAAGCUACAUGACAAGUGGUAUAACUUCAAUGAUACUUACGUAACAACUAUUGAUGAAUCUCAAGUAAAUACAAAAAAUGCUUAUUUGUUGUUUUAUCAAUUAUUUACACAUAGAAAUGAAAAAUUUACCGGUUUAGCGGAACAUAAAAAUUUCGCUGAAGAAGAGGCCAUCCGCAUGGCUAAUGCGAGUUAUUACAAUUAG